AUGUCCUGUAAUGCUCAGAGUUACCGUGACCAGCUGAUUGAGGACCCCCUGAAUUUGGAGAGCCUAUUGACGGAGGAAGAAAUCGCUGUCCGGGAUACCGCACGAGCCUUCUGUCAGGCACAGUUCAAUCAUGACGUCCUACCAGCCAUGGGCGCGCUUGGGUUCCUCGGUCCGACGAUCCAAGGGUAUGGCUGCGCCGGUGUGAGUAGCGUAGCAUAUGGCCUCAUCGCGCGCGAAGUCGAACGUGUGGAUUCCGGCUACCGGUCGACCAUGUCUGUCCAGUCGUCGCUGGUGAUGCACCCGAUCAACGAGUAUGGCAGCGAAGCGCAGAAAGAAAAGUAUCUGCCACGUCUUGCGAAGGCCGAAAUCGUCGGAUGCUUCGGCCUCACUGAACCGAAUCACGGCUCUGAUCCCGCUGGCAUGGAGACCGUCGCCGAAGAGGUCGACGGCGGGUUCGUCAUCAACGGCGCCAAGACAUGGAUCACGAACGCACCCGUCGCCGACUUAUUCGUCAUCUGGGCACGCUGCAAGUGGGACGACAAAGUGCGCGGGUUCCUGCUCGAGAAGGGCACGAAGGGCCUCUCGGCGCCCGCGAUCAAGCACAAGCUCGCGCUGCGCUGCUCCAUCACCGGCUCCAUCUUCAUGGACAGCGUCAAGGUCGGGCACGACGCGCUGCUCCCCAAAGCCAAGGGCCUCGGCGGGCCCUUCGGGUGUCUGAACAGCGCCCGGUACGGCAUCUCGUGGGGCGCCAUGGGCGCGCUCGAAGACUGCAUCGACCGCACCCGUGCGUACGCGCUCGAGCGGCACCAGUUCAAGCGCCCGCUCGCGUCCUUCCAGCUCGUGCAGAAGAAGCUCGUCGACGCGCAGACGGAGGCCGUCCUCGGACUCCACGCCACUCUGCAGGUGGGCCGGCUGAAGGACGAGGGCAAGGUCGCGCCGGAGAUGAUCAGUCUCGUGAAGCGCAACAACUGCGGGAAGGCGCUGGAGCACUCGAGGAGGGUCCUCGACAUCCUGGGCGGGAAUGCGUGCUCCGACGAGUACCACGUCGCCCGACAUGUAGCGAACCUGCAGGUCGUGAACACGUACGAAGGUGCUCGUCGUACGAUGAAGGAUCGCGCACUGAUGACUGAUGUUUCGCAGGACAUUCAUACGCUGAUCCUCGGCAAGGCAAUGACCGGACUUCAAGCGUUUGCGAACUGA